AUGGCACAAUCCGGUCUAACAUCUCCUGUUCCCGCUAUCCUUUGUGGCAAGACACUCCAGGUCGGUGAGAUUAUCGCACCACGAGUCAAACCGGAUAUCGAAAUCAUCCAUUUCAUCAACUCCUACGAGUAUGCAAAAGCACAUAUUGGCGAGCUCCUUGGAGGCCAAGUCCCAUCGGAACCCAGCGGCAAUGAGAUCGGCUCGCACAACUACAGCCAAGCUCCCCGUGCAGUGUUUUUCGGAAGGGCAUUUGAUCAUGAGCAUGUGGUUGAGCUGAACAAGCUCUUCCGCGGGAAGGGAAAUGCCCCUGUCGCUUGGAUUGCCGGUGAUCCUAAUACUAAGUUUCCUGCCAAUCCAGGACCAGACUAUGCAGAAAAGGCGGCACAAAAUGUCGUCAACGCUUUCUUGAAAUGGAAAGAGUCGGGCGCCGAUAGUGAGGAAAUCGUGUAUUAUUAA